AUGUCUAGUAUUAGUGAUAGCGAUAGUAUUACCGAUUCUGACAAAAGUGUUAAUUUAGUAGAUUUAUUUGAAAUAAAAGAAAUAAAUAAAGUUAAAAUGUCAAGCCCAAAACUGACAUACGAUACAGGAAUAAAAACAAUACCAAUAUAUGGGGGAGAAGAAAAAGAAUUGAUGAGUUUUCUAAAAACAUGCGAAUAUGUACUAAAUAAUAUAGUAGAAACGUUUGAACCAUUGGUAUUAGAGGGGAUAUUAGCGAAAUUAACAGGGAGAGCGAGUCAAGUGACUAGGUUUAAAAAUAUUGAUAAUUACGAGAAGUUGAAAGAGGUAUUAGUAGAAAACUUUGGGGUACAGCAGACAGUAGGGCAAUUACAAUUAGAGUUAGCAGCGUGUAUGCAAUUAGCGAAUGAAGGAAUAAAAGUAUACUAUGAAAAAGUGGAGGCGCUCUGUUUUCAAUUAAUAGAAGCACUGUUAUUGGAGAAUACAAGGAAAGCUGAAGAAGCAGUUAUUAAUAAAAUGAUUAAAAGACAGGCAUUAACAGUAUUUGUGGCAGGUUUAAGGGAACCGUAUACCUUAUCAUGUGUUGGUGAAAUCCCAGAAUAA